AUGUCGAUCACCUACGAAUGCAUCCUCCUAGGCACAUUCGACGUAGGGCUAUUGGAUAAAGUUAAAAACAAACUCAGAGUAAAUUGCGAUAAGAAUUAUGAUUUAAAAUCCCAUGAAAUCGUCUUCAGCGUAUCAGCUGGCCCCAAUACGACGAAUGGAAGAAUGGUUAUGCGACGGGAUGCAUUAGAUGAGCGUGCGAAAUGGAAUGCUAUCAGGAUGUUCAGAGCUGAGCCUGCAACAAGAUACAACCCGCAGUUACUCAUACGAUCAACGAUCGAUUUCGAAUUGGAGGAUAUUGAUACAAGUAUACCCUUCAUACAAUCACUAGGCUAUGCAUAUAAUCAUGAGUUUACAAAACGUGGAGAAGCAUACAUAUACAAUGACGCGAUAGUUAGCGUAUAUCAGCUUUACAACUCAAAUGACGAAAUCGUUCACGCACAAAACGUUUGGAUGGCAGAAGUGCGCAGCUUGCCAGUUAUACCAGAUCAGAGUGCAUCUAUAGAUCCACUCAAUAUAGCAAUAUCAAACUGUCUCAAAUUGAAGCAAACAUUGAAACCACUCAUUCAACUCAAACGUGUAGAACAUUAA